UCAUUCAAAUCUUUGGUCAGUCCUAUAAAAAGGAAAGCACGGGGUAGGCGAGUAUAUGAGAGGAAUCACCGGGUCAAGUUUUUAACAUCGGACCAAAAGACAGCCGCAGAGAUGCAACAAUCUGUCGGCGUCCAAACUGUCAAGACACUGAAAAAUAUAGCCGUCUGUUUGAUACUGCUGCCUCGUUUUCUCAUGGCAGCGCUCAUGCUGUGGUUGCUUGAUUUUCUAUGCAUAAGGAAGAAGGUGUUACUCAGAAUGAGAGAGCAAGAAGCGAGCCCUGACGACCCUGCACUGUGCGUCUCCGACUCCAAUCGAAUGUUCAGCUGGGAGUCCCUAAAGGCAGUCUGGCACGGCCACAAAUUGGACUUCUUUAAAACGGCCCAUCUCGGAUAUAUAGCGCCGAAUACAGAAGUUGUACAGCUCGGGGACCGGAGCAGAAGCUGUAUACUUGACUUCGCGAAAGGGAAGCGGCCACUCAUCUUAAACUUUGGUAGCUGUACCUGACCGCCGUUCAUGACACGCCUGAAGGCGUUCCAGCGGGUCGUCAGCCAAUACGCUGACAUUGCAGACUUUCUUCUUGUAUAUAUCGAGGAAGCGCAUCCGUCAGAUGGAUGGGUGAGCUCUGAUGCUCCUUACCAAAUCCCCAAGCACCGCUGUCUGGAAGACAGACUGAAAGCAGCUCAGCUAAUGAAGCUGGAAGUCCCUGGAUGUGUCGUUGUUGCUGAUAACAUGGACAAUUCGUCGAAUGCGGCGUAUGGAGCAUAUUUUGAUAGACUUUACAUAAUUCAAGAUGCGAAGGUUGUCUAUCAGGGUGGGAGAGGACCAGAGGCAUACAAGAUCUCCGAACUGAGAAACUGGCUUGACCGAUACAGGAACAGUGUUAAGAAUUCCAGGACUGUGGUGAUCCAUGUGUAACGUAAUGACUGAAAGAAAAUGUUCUAUUAUAUGUAGUGAAAAUUAUGUACAGAAGCUGCUUUACGACAUCAAUAAGCUGUAACACUUCAUCUGUUACGGCAUAAAAGUAUUAAGUCACAAAACCUUUGUAUUUUGUAGUUUACGCGGUUGGUGAUAUAAAACGCAUGAUUACAGGAUAGUCAUUUUUGUCUUUGACUUGUUUGAUUUCCAUAUCGUCAUCGUCAGUUGUUCUUCUGAUUCGUUAAACUGUACAGUUGUAAAUAUGUGUUAAUAUUUUGUAUGUUCCCCGAAGUAUGACUGUGUGACAGAGCGAAUGCCUAAAGCCCCGUACAGCUAUCUCUGCGUAUUCUAGUGUUGUUGUGAAGUGCGGUUUUUAAAAGGUUCCCAACCAGAAAACCGACACUGAUGUAAUUUGAUACUAGAGUACUCGGUGAUAAUCAUUUCCUUAACGUGUUUAACAGAAGUAUUUUUGUUUUGUAAAUUAUACAUACUUUUUAUUAAAGAUGAUUUUUGUAAUAAA